GCCUGCGUCUCUCCCAUGGAGCCGGCGCUCGCUACGACUCUGGGCGCGUCCUCGGUGGCGGCGCUGCGCCCGUGCGCGGCUAGAGCCUCCGCCCUCACCUCGGUCGCCCCGCGGGCGGUGAGGUGCGCCAGAGCGGUGAGGUGGGAGGCGGGGAGGAGCAGGGGCAGGCUGCUGCGCGUGAGCUGCGAUGCCGCCGUCGCGGAGAAGCCCACCGAGGAGGAGGACGCGGCGGAGGAGAAGUUCGAGUACCAGGCUGAGGUGAGCCGCCUAAUGGAUUUGAUCGUCCACAGCCUGUACAGCCACAAGGAAGUAUUUCUUCGGGAGCUUGUAAGUAACGCGAGUGAUGCAUUGGAUAAGCUGCGCUUUCUUGGUGUCACCGAUUCAGCUUUGCUUGCUGAUGGCGGUGACUUGGAAAUAAGGAUUAAAUCGGACCCAGAUGCUGGAACGAUCACUGUCACUGACACUGGCAUUGGGAUGACCAAAGAUGAGCUCAAGGACUGCCUUGGUACAAUUGCUCAGAGUGGCACCUCCAAGUUUUUAAAGGCUCUCAAGGAGAACAAGGAAGUUGGGUCUGACAACAGUCUAAUUGGUCAGUUUGGUGUUGGGUUUUAUUCAGCAUUUCUUGUAGCAGAGAAGGUUGUGGUGUCCACUAAGAGCCCCAAGACUGACAAACAGUUCGUAUGGGAAGCUGAUGCUGACAGUAGCUCUUACGUCAUCAAGGAAGAGACUGAUCCUGAGAAAUUGAUUACCCGUGGAACUCAGAUCACUCUCUUUUUAAGACCUGAUGAUAAGUAUGAGUUUGCUGACCCUACAAGGAUUCAAGGCUUAGUCAAGAAUUACUCCCAGUUUGUGUCAUUCCCCAUAUAUACAUGGCAGGAGAAAUCAAGGACUGUUGAGGUUGAAGAGGAUGAAGAGCCAAAAGAAGGUGAAGAGGCAAUUGAGGGCGAGAAAGAGAAAAAGAAGAAGACCAUUACUGAGAAAUACUGGGACUGGGAACUGGCUAAUGAAACAAAGCCUAUAUGGAUGAGAAGUCCAAAGGAAAUCGAGAAAACCGAAUACAAUGAAUUUUACAAGAAGACAUUCAAUGAGUUCCUGGAUCCUCUUUCCUACACCCACUUCACGACAGAGGGUGAGGUGGAAUUUAGGAGUGUUAUUUACAUUCCAGGAAUGGCACCGCUUAGUAAUGAGGAGAUAAUGAACCCCAAAACCAAAAAUAUCCGGUUAUAUGUCAAAAGAGUAUUUAUCUCCGAUGACUUUGAUGGUGAACUGUUUCCUCGAUACCUGAGCUUUGUAAAAGGUGUAGUUGAUUCAAAUGACCUUCCCCUCAAUGUUUCCCGGGAGAUUCUUCAAGAAAGCCGAAUUGUAAGAAUUAUGCGCAAGAGACUUGUCAGGAAGACAUUUGAUAUGAUUGAGGAAAUCUCCGAAAAAGAGGACAAAGAGGACUACAAGAAGUUCUGGGAGAGCUUCGGAAAGUUCAUCAAGCUUGGUUGCAUUGAGGACACGGGAAAUCACAAGCGCCUUGCCCCACUCCUACGCUUUCCCACUUCUAAAAAUGAGGAAAAUAUGAUUAGCCUUGAUCAAUAUAUAGAGAGCAUGCCGGAGAAUCAAAAUGCAAUCUAUUACAUUGCUACAGAUAGUCUCCAGAGUGCAAAGACUGCGCCCUUCUUGGAAAAGCUGGUCCAAAAAGACAUUGAGGUACUUUACCUAAUCGAGCCAAUUGAUGAGGUUGCCAUUCAGAACUUACAGACCUACAAAGAGAAGAAGUUUGUUGAUAUUAGCAAAGAGGACCUAGAAUUGGGUGAUGAAGAUGAGGACAGUAAAGAAACUAAGCAGGAAUACACUCUUCUGUGUGACUGGGUAAAACAGCAGCUUGGUGACAAGGUGGCAAAGGUUCAAAUAUCAAAGCGUCUCAGCUCUUCACCAUGUGUUCUUGUAUCUGGCAAGUUUGGUUGGUCUGCUAACAUGGAAAGACUUAUGAAGGCACAAACACUUGGUGACACAUCAAGCUUGGAGUUCAUGAGGGGAAGAAGGAUUUUCGAAAUUAACCCAGACCACCCAAUUGUCAAGGACUUGAAUGCUGCCUGCAAAAAUGAACCUGAGAGCACAGAAGCCAAGAGAGCUGUUGAGCUAUUGUAUGAGACUGCUCUGAUUUCCAGUGGAUAUACUCCUGAAAGCCCUGCUGAGUUGGGUGGCAAGAUAUACGAGAUGAUGUCAAUUGCCCUUGGCGGGCGAUGGGGGAGGUCUGACACUGAAGCUGAAGUAACCAACACAGAGUCGGACUCAUCUGAAGGCACGGUGACAGAGGUCAUUGAGCCUUCUGAAGUGAGGCCUGAGAGUGACCCGUGGAGAGAUUGAUGUGUGAGUUCUCUCAGGUAUCCUUGUUAGAACUUCAACUUAGUUGUUCCGGGGUAAAAUCAUAGGUUAGAGAACGUGGUUUGGCCAUAAAUCAUUACAGGGUUCCUGAUGCUGCCCUGCAUUUUUGUAGCUGUAGACUCACUGGCCACUGCCAUAUUGGAGGGGGUGGUCUUAUGAAUAAAAAAUAUAAUAUGGUUGCGGUGCCUCAAAAUCAUCA